CCGGCUCUCGCCGGCCGCCCCAUAAACUUAAACCAGACAUCAACAAUCCACUCACGCGUCACGAUGCUGGCAGUGCGAGCUAGAGUUAUAAAAGCUCAAGUUUCAUCAUGCUGUCGGCAAACGGCCUGCUUCAGCUCGACAUCGGCCGCCAGAGCAGACUUUACACACGCUGUCAUCGGCGGUGGCGUCGUCGGCAUCGCUACGGCGAGACAAUUGGCACGCCGUACCGGCUCUUCAGUUGUCCUAAUUGAACGCCAUGGUGCCGUUGGUACCGAAACCAGCGCCCGAAACAGUGAGGUCAUCCAUGCGGGCAUCUACUACGGCGCUACGUCGCUCAAGUCGCGGCUUUGCAUCCGCGGCAAGGGGCUGCUCUAUGACCACUGCGAAAAGCACAAUGUCGCUCACAGACGGACCGGCAAGUGGAUAGUGGCGCAGAAUGACCGCCAAAGAGAGGCGCUCGAGAAGGUGUACAAGCUCUGCACAGAUGACAUCGGUGUUCCGGUCCGUUGGGUCUCACAGCAAGAGAUAGCGCGCAAUGGCGAGGGCGUCCGAGCUGAUGCGGGUGCACUAGAGAGUCCUACAACGGGCAUUGUAGACUCGCACGGACUCAUGACUAGCUUGCUAGGUCUGUUUGAGGAGGAUGGCGGGGUUGUCGCCCUCAAUUCUCUUGUGCAAGGUGUACGUCCGCUGGGUAGUGCUGUGCCAGGAAGUUCUGGUUGGGAGGCGGAUGUGACGGACGGGUCUACGGGCGAGCUGUCGACGAUUACGGCAGAAACAAUUAUCAACUCUGCAGGACUCGGGGCAGCACAUAUCCACAACAUGAUUGUGCCAGAGACAUUUCAGAAACAUUUAUCCUACGCCAAGGGCAACUACUUUUCAUAUUCGGCGUCCUCGCCGUCCGUCUCGCGUCUGAUAUAUCCCGCUCCAGACCCGAGUGUGGGCGGCUUGGGAACACAUCUUACACUUGACCUAGGCGGGCGAAUGCGCUUUGGUCCAGAUGUAGAAUGGGUAGAGUCUCCUGACGACUUGGCCGUCAACGCAUCUCGGUUGACGGAAGCCGUAGCUGAGAUCAAAAAGUACCUGCCUAGCAUCGAUGCAUCUGCUCUAGAGCCAGAUUACGCUGGGAUGCGACCGAAACUGGCUGGCCCGGGCGCCGUCGGCCAAGCUGGUGGUUUCCAUGACUUCAUCAUCCGCAAGGAAGAGGGCUACGAGGGCUGGGUAAAUCUUUUGGGUAUCGAGAGCCCUGGUUUAACGAGCAGUCUGGCGAUUGCCGAGAUGGUUGAUAGUUUACUCCACGGUAGACAAGUUAACUAAUGUUUGUAAGAUUAUGCAUAUAAUUGGAAAUAAAGUAUUCUGAGGUAUCAUAGCCGCCUUGCCAAAAAAGAAAAAGAAACGAACGUUAAAAAGAAACAAAAUAUUUGACCAAAAAAAGUAGCAAGUCGAAAUCUCAUCAGAUCGCCUAGUCGUCAUAUAGCAUGCCAUAGUACAGAGCCUUGCGCAAGAGCGCAAAGCUACAAGGUAAAGUAAUGAUACUGUAGAGGAAUGUUUUCGCCGUGGGAGACGAACAACAGUUGCUGGUUGUGUUGUACAAAAGGGGGCUUAGCUCAACCUGAAGCCUGGGAAGAACUUGCGAUUAUGUGUGUUGACGUGGAAUUCAUAUAUACCGUCUUGCGCUCCCACAAACCUAGUUAUACAAGGUCAGUCACAGACAUCGUCAGGUGUUGGUAGCAUUCAUGAUAACUUACAUGGUACGCCCAUCUUCGCUCCAGGCCAGCCCGGCCGUGUUAUCUCGAGAUGGGGGAACUUCAAACACGCCGUGAUCAAUAGCCACUGCUGUUCCAACAGGUAGCGUGUUUCGCAUAGCGCUCUCCUCCCAUCGAUUGACCACUUGGUUCACAAGCGGAACCAAGAGUGAUCCGUCUUCAUUUUCGCCAUCGGCGGUAGCUCGCUCUCGGGCUUGCAAAAUCUCCAGAACAUUCAGAUAUGAUGCAUCAGAUCGAUCUUGCCCGUCUCGCUGGUUUCUAUCACGUUGAUCACGCAUAGCAGCAACGGUUUCGCCCAGGCGAUCAAUCCACCGAGGAUCGGUUCGACGCAUAGCAGGCAGGCGCUCAGUUGAGUCACGAGCGCCUUGCUGCCUAUUUCGCGCCCUUUCUCGCUGGUCUAGAUAGUCAUCAAGAGCACUUCGUUGUGCCCGAGAGGACGAGGUGCUACGAACGCCACGGGUUACUGAUGUGCUGCGUCUAGGGAGUCGGCUUCCCGUAUCUCCAUCUGCUGGGGGGCGGAGACUCGAUAGAUAGGUCCAUGACAAAUCCGGCACAGGCCGUUCUCCACCAUCUGUACCUCCUCUUGCACGAUCUCUGCGAAGGCGAUCAUCUUGCAACGCUUCAAGAACGACUGUUUCUGUAGCAGUCAAAGGCUGGUUGAAAGAUUCCGAUGAUUCACCAUGACGAGGCGAGCCAGCAUUGUUGGCUUGCAUCGCAAGAAGAUCACGCCUGGUAGCGGUUUGAGAAUCCAACAAUCUUGGGUCAAUGGUGUUGCGGUCAAAAAUGUUGAUAUGAUCAAACUCAGCCUCAACUGCGAUAUCCAGAAUCUGGCGCAUGUUGAAGUUGGCUCUCACAUCGGCUAUGCCAACAUGACCACGAUCUUCAGUCCAUGCCAGAAUAUCAAACGGUCCUGGACAAAAGGACAUGUCUCGAAUUGCACCUGGACCACUUUCAGGUCGUGACGACUUGAAGGUUGUGAUGAGAGGGUCGGCCAACGGGUUAUCCAACAGCGUCGUGUCGAAUAUGGAAAUGGUGCCGUGUUGCGUUCCCACAGCCAGGAGUGCCCCAGAGUUCGAGAAGCAAGCCGCAAAACUGCCGCGACUGUCAGAUCUAUCCUCCUUCAGCUGGCUGGUGAGAAAGAUUCGCUGGCGCUGGCGCCAGUGAUAUUGAGGCGUGCGUGAUGUCGAUGAGGCAUCGAGGGGUUUUUCCUCUCUGACGUGAAUGUAUAAAUAUGGAUCGUCCAGUAUCGCAAUAAGCAUGCGACCAUCCGGUGAUAAGAGUGCUCUGUUGACGAAAUCUGGGUAGUUGAUGACGUCCAGUGGCUCAGCCUUAUCAUUCUGCUCAAAAUCUCUGAGGCCAAUCAGUGUGACAUUACCAACAUUGUCAGCCAGCACAGCCACCGAUUCCUUGUAUGCACCUUCGCCCGCAGGCACACGCAAGUCUGGAAACCAUAGCGUGAUGCAGUUGACUCGCUCCUUCGCAAGUCUCAUGCUCUUUGCGUUGAGGUUCUUGUUCGGUCGUCUGCCUUGUGUAAUGAGUGAUAGAAGGCUUUCCUCCCUGGAUAUCUCCAUUCUUGUAUCAAGAGCGGUGUCAAGAUCGAGACCCAGAGAUGCCCCAACAGCAUCACCGUCAAUAUCUUCGUCUAACCGCAUAGCAACAAAGUCACCUUUUUCACUCCCGCAACAUAGCCAGCCAUUAUCGGCGACGAGACAUCUGGGCGCAAAGUUGAGCACCUUGAGAGUUUCGCAUUCAUGUGUCAUUGUAUUGAGGCGUUGUAUUUGUUU